AUGGAAAAACAACAGGGUUUAACAGAUAUUACACAGGUUAGCUCGAAUACCGAGUUAGGCGAAGUCCGGCCGCUCACUUCACUCAGAACAAUCACAUCCAAACAUGCUGGUGAAGUUAACUACAUCAACGCGAAAGAGGCACACGACGAUCGAGAAUUGCUGGCUGAAAUUGGCUACAAACAAGAACUGCAGAGACAUUUCAGCACCAUUCAGGUUUUUGGUGUGGCGUUUUCCAUCAUGGGAUUGCUGCCCAGUAUUGCAUCCGUGCUGUUGAUCGGUUAUGGCGGAGGUACUGUGUCUUUGAUCUGGGGUUGGCUCAUCAGUGGUGCCUUUAUCUUGAUGAUUGGUAUGUCGAUGUCUGAGCUAGCUUCAGCAAUCCCAACAUCUGGAGGUUUGUACUACUACACUUACUACUACGCGCCUCAGAAAUACAAGGCCGUGCUCAGUUUCGUGAUCGGUAACUCCAACAGUUUGGCCUUGUCUGCCGGUCUGUGCUCUAUCAUCUACGGUUUUGCAGAAGAAAUUCUUUCGAUCGUGGCGAUUUCCAAAGGAGGUGACUUUGAAAUCACUAACGGUAAAACUUAUGGUGUCUACGUCGCUGGUAUCGCCGGCUGUUUAGCUGUGACGUCUGUUGCGACUCUGGGUGUAUCUAAACUCCAGACUUUCAGCAUAUUUUCCAAUCUGCUGCUGAUCGCUUUUCUCCUCAUUGUACUCCCUAUCGGAGUGGCCAAGUCGGACUUCCCAUUCAAUGACGGCGCUUUUAUUUUCGGUAAAUGGGAAAAUACAACUUCUUGGUCUGACGGGUGGCAGUUUAUGCUGGCGGGCCUUCAACCGGCGGCAUGGACCAUUGGCGCGUUUGAUUCCUGUAUUCACAUGUCCGAAGAGGCGAAGAAUGCAUCCAAAGCUGUUCCCAUUGGUAUCAUUGGAUCUAUCUCUGCUUGCUGGAUUUUAGGAUUUUUAAUUUGCAUUGCACUUGUCGCUUGUAUGGGGCCUAGUGUGGAUGCAAUCGUGAACUCCGAAACUGGUGCACCAAUCGCUCAGAUUAUCUACAACGCUCUAGGAAAAAAAUGGACCAUUGCAAUCAUGACGUUAAUAGCGUUUUGCCAGUUCAUCAUGGGAUGUUCCAUUUUGACCGCAAUUUCGAGACAAAUUUGGGCCUUUGCAAGGGAUGACGGUCUGCCGUUCUCCAAAUUUUUCAAGGUGGUCAACAACAAGCUUUCAUCGCCAAUCAGAGCCACUUGGUUCGCAGCUUUCAUCGCUCUUGUCAUCGGCCUGCUAUGUCUAAUUGGCGGAGCUGCUUCUAAUGCUUUAUUUUCCCUCGGUAUUGGCGGCAACUACCUGGCGUGGAUGACCCCCAUGAUUUUGAGAUUGACAACUGGUAAAGAUUUGUUCAGACCUGGUGCUUUUUACAUGGGGAAAGUCUUGUCACCAAUUGUAAAUUGGACAGCGAUCGCCUUCCAAGCCUUCCUCAUAAUAUUAAUCAUGUUUCCCGCCGACUCCGCAGGCUUGGAUGCGCAAACGAUGAAUUACACUUGCGUGAUCUGUGGUGGUGUUUGGUUUGGUAGCUUAAUAUACUACUGGGUUUACAAGCACAAGGUUUAUCACGGUCCUAAAUCCAACUUGGACGAUGCUGAGUUUGAAGAUGCCGUUGGACAGAACGUUAUUGACCAGAUCCUAUCGCAUCAGAAAAGCGGUUGA